CUCAAAUUCCAACAUUCAUUCACCCCCAUAUAAUGUAACAUUCCUCCCCGCACUUAAGCACGACAUUGUCCUCAAUGGAGGAAAGAUUAGGAGGCAGAGAAGAAAUUAUCGGACCAAAGGUGAAGAAUGUUGGUCGGAAGUUGAGUGCACUUUGGUGCUAACCACUUUGAAUUUUCAAAAGAAUAUGUUUAUUCAAUCACACCACAAAAAAAAGGAAAAUAAAUUGCAAACCAUAGAGUUGGGAUGCCUCCCAACUAGCACUUCUUUUACGUCUUUAAGCCGGACGGGGAUGAUCAAGUUUCAGCCCAUCCCAAAAUCUCCUUGAAGUUGAGGGUCUCGUCGAUGAGGUGGAGACUCAUGUCACGAGCAUGAAAUGCUUGAAAUGAUGUGGAUGAUGGCUCGUGAAAUUGUUGAGAUUUGAGGCUUCACCCACGAGACCUCUUCUUCUUUCCUUCAUUCUUCUCUUUGACCCACACCAUAUAGAACAUCAUGGAUUGACCACCAUCACAUCCACCAAGAGAGAUAGAUAAUAGUGUGGCCUUGGCUCAGCAAAGAGACACCACAAAGGGGUCCUUGCCAAGCAGCUCCUCAAAGUUUGGUGGGGAUAUCACAUGUAACAUAGGGCCAGUGCAAGGCUCUUGCACCUUAACUUCGUCCUCAGCCUGGAUGCCAAUUUCUUCUUCAAUUCCCCUUCCUUAUUCAGAAUUUGAUUCCUCCCCUUGGAAAAUAUCAAGAACCUCUUCAUCAUGACUUUCUUCCUUAUAUUCCACAACUUCCUCUCUCACCAUUCUUGCUCUUCUUCUUCCAACACGGAUUGGAGAGCAAGUCACCAUGCAAGGUUCUCAAUAAGAUCAGUUUGCAUCUUUUCACUCAUGCUCGUCUAUUUAAGCUCGAGAUAUAAUGGGAAAAGGUGUGGUCGGCUACAACAAGAAAUUUCUAAUCAUGAUCAUCACGAAGAGCUUGACAACUUCUAUCUGCUCCACAAUGUCCUCGUAGCCUUCUUCGUCCUCCUCAUCUUCUAUUUUGGUCACACAAAAGGCGAUCUUGAGCAAGCUACGCAUAAACUUGAUCAAACCACUAUGUUUGCUUCAUUGAGCGCUGAACUGCCUCCUCCAUUGAUUCGGGCCCAAAUGUACACAUUUUACCCCUCAUUUAUUAUCCGUUAUGCUUAGUAGAUCAUCGUCCCUCAACCUAUUUUACGCUAGAUUUUUCUUGUUUUGUUACAAUUCAGGCCCUAGCACGUUAUGGGAAGGUUCGGGACGAGUUUCGGGUCAUUCGGAGAUCAAAAUGAGCCAAGAAGUGGGGGCUGAACCUUGUUCACGGGAUGGAGCUUCAUUUCACAGUCUAUAAGAUCGUGAAAUGAGAUCCCAAACCGUGAAGAGGCAAAUUUCCAGCACGGUUCUACAGGUUACUGGCAAAUUUCCAGUUCACAGUCUCUAAGACAGUGAACUUUGGCCGUAAACUGUGAAGUCGUCAGUUCACUGUCUCUAAGACCGUGAACUGGCCAAUGCGGCCGUGAACUGGCCAACAAGUUCGUGAACUGGGUAUUUUCGGGAAAAUAUGAAGACAACGGCGGGGAGAGAGAAAGGGGGUUGGUAUUUGCAUAAGGAACACUUUCUUUCUCUAGGGUUUCGAUCCAAAACACCAAAGGGGAGUUCUAGAGACUGAGAGAGUGAUCUUGGAGCUUAAUUGAAGGAAUUGAUCAAGCUUGGAAGCAAGAAUCAAGCCUAGAAGAAGAAGAUGAAGAUCUAAAGGUUUCUUUGUAAUCUCUCCUCGCUCUCUCUAGAAACUCACCCUCUUCUCUUGGGUUUAAGAACCCUAGGUCUGGAUUUGGGUUUAAUGUUGAUGUAUGUGACAAACUCCAUGAUUGAUUGAUGAUUUUACUUAAUUGAUGGAUGUUUUCAUGAAUGGCAUGAGUUGGGUUUCCAUUUUCAUGUAUUGAGCUUUUGACCUAGGAGGGAGAUAAUCCCCUUAGAGCCCCUUUUUGCCGUCUUCGGGUCACUCCUAUCGUAUAUUGUCCGGGUAGUCCUCGAGGGAGUUGAUUCGAUCGGCUACCUAGCAUUAUAUGAAACCCUAGCUUGAAUAGAGCACUACCCAUCCAUCGAUUUUCCGUUCUGGAUCAUUCCCGAGGGAGUCCAUCUCCAAACGGUAGUGUAUUUGAGUCGAUCGAGCUAGGAGGAUACCCAACAUCGAUCCAAAGAACGAACCUAGGACGAUUAAACCCAAGAGAGCUCCCAACCUUGUAAACAGCUAGGUUAGUGGUUAGUCUAGGUUAGUUAGUUUAAUUCUAUCAAUCACUAUCCUAGGUUGGCUAGAUAUCGAACCCUAAACCUGAAGUAGGGUAAGCCUAGAUCCUCAUGGUACGAUAAAUUCUUAUUCUUUGCUUGCCCUAUGCUACACCCGGUCGAUCGGGAUGUUGUAGUUAGAACGAGUCAUCCAUUUCACUGAUAAAUGAAGGUUCAGACUGGUCGUGGAGAGUAGCAUAGUUCUGAAGAACGGUUUGUGAACGCUUCAAUGGCUAACUCCAGCUCAGAUGGCCCCUCUGGUUGUUGAAGAAAAUUUUAUUGAUAAGGAAGUGAUUCUCAAAAUUCCCUACGGUAUGGUCGUUCUUCAUAGAAGGGGGUUGGUUAUCCAACUCGAAUCCUUGACUUUCCCCCUCUUGGUUACUCCAUGGUGCUUCGGGGUAACCCCAUUUGGGUGGUGGCAGAUACCCCCACAUGUCAGAGUAGCCAUAGGGAUCCAUGAUUUGAUCUGCAAGAACAAAACAAAAAUACCUUCAAAAGAAAAGGUGGGAAGAAAAUAAAGUAAAAUGACUAAAUUAACAAACUAUGACUUUCUCAAUAAUCUAGAAAUAUCCCUGUUUACGACACCAAAACUUGACUCGCUUUUACUACAACUCUGAUAUGUGGCCAAGUGAAACAACAAAUUGGGAAGCGGUAUAGUGGAAGUAAAGUGAUAAAUUAUCAAGCCUCAAGGCAUCUAGAUGUACUCUUACUCAGCUUCGGUUUGUUAUCUAGCGAAUUGUUGUUUGAAUAUAAGAAACUAAACUACUCUAUGGUUAAUCUAUCUAAUUACAAGUUAAGGACUCACUUGGGUGUCCACCUAGCCACUGGUCGUAUUGAGAUUUAUUAGUUUCUAACUUCUUCCACCCUCGUCUAUAAUGUGGAGGAUCAUUUACUAGACCUUGAAUCUCGAUUAAAGCAAUCAAGUCCCUCUUGAGUCAGUAGUCUAGAGGGGUUUACCCUUCUCUAUCACAACCGAUCAAGGCGUUCCACACUAGAUCUCAUAUAUUGGUGAGGUUUCAACUCAAUACAAAGCAUGAAAUCGACUCACUCUCUCACAAUCGACCCCCUACUUCCAAUCUAAGGUGCUCUAAGUGACUCAAUCUGGUAUUCCAUCUCAUAGUUCAAUAGCCAAAUCAAUAAUCUCGAUUAAAGCAGAUUUGAACAUCAAAACAUGCAUAGAUUGGAUAUGACCUUGAUUUUAUGAAGAAAGAGUACUCAUAGAAUCAUCAAAAACCCAAAUGAAGGAGGUUACCCCAUAAAAGAGGAAAGUGCAUAAAAUCUACUAUAAGCUUCGAUUUCUACCUUCAAGCUUGCUCUUCGGGUUUCCUUGGUAAAGAAAUCCAUGAAAUUUCUCCAAAAUUACCCCUGGACCUUCCUCUGCCUCUAGAGCACCUCGUAGGGUCAUUUGGAACCCAAAAGCUCAGUAUCCAUAUCUAUAUUUGGAAAAAACAACUUUAUUCCACUUUGGUCGAAAGGUGAAACUCGAUCGAUUUUUCUGGCCAAGUUCUUGCUCUAAGUAGAGUUUUGACCCUUAGAUCAAGUUUUGGAGAGCCCAGGCCGAUUUUCUUCCUCUAGAACACGUUUGAAUGGCCAAACGACCUCCGGAUGACCCAAAAUUUGUGCCUGAACCUUCCUCUAAUAUAAUAUGACCUGAAAUACAUCGAAUGAACAUAAUCUAGCGUAAAAUGAGCAAAGGAGACAUGUAAUCAAGUCAAAUGAUCAAGAAACGAUCUAGAAAUUAGCGUUAAAAUAUGUUUAAUUUAGCCUGAGUCAAGUAUCUUAUCAUCGUCUCAACACGGGACUAGGGUGAUAAUCAUCUAAGCAAAGCCUUCUCACUUGAAUUUAACUUCAUUUUAGUUGUUUGUUUAUUUUAAUAGCUUAAAACAACGCUUCUACCACUAGUAAUUUGUAGUUGCUGAAGUAAGGAUAUAUAAACUGUCGGGGUUUGAUGAUUGAAAUAUACUUGCUCUAUACUACACCUGGUCGUAGUUUGCACUUGGGCCAUGAUUGGGAGUGUGUUGUUAGCCAUGAGUCAAGUUCUUCUGGAUUUAUUGCCUUGGAACAUGAUUUUUUAUUCGAAAAAAGUGAACUACUAUUAAUCUAUCAUUUCUUUUCUUGCAUGGUUUGUUUUGACAUAGCUUGUUUGGCUCUUGCUUUUGUUGUUUGGAGUGUGUGCAGGUGGUGUAUGACCCGAAGGCACUAGACAAAACAUCAAUCGGACGCUCCGGCUACUCUCUCGUGAGAGGGAUGAAAGAUAAGAGAGGGAAAGAAUCGUAGUUUGAGUGCAACCAAAAGUUGAAAAAGAAGUUGAAGUUCAAGAGGAGUUCGUGAUAGCGAACGAAUCAACAGAAGAUGGGGAUGAAGCAAGGACCAUGGGGUACUAUAUGUCCCCAUAGGUGGCGUACAUCCAACUUAUAAUUCGAUAUCCAAUCGUGGCAGCCAACAACUUUGAGAUCAAGACCGGUCUCAUCACCAUGAUACAAAGCAACAUCCAGUUUUAUGGUCUUGAAAAUGAGUCACCAAGAGAACAUUCAAUCGGUUCUACAAAUUGACGGAUGGUUUGAAGAUGAACGCAGUGCCACAAGAAGAAAUUAGGUUGCUAAUUCUAGAAGAAAAAUUACAACAAUAACACCUAUAGCAACACUUACAACCCGGGGUGGCGCAACCAUCUAAACUUGCAUAAGCAUCACCGGCUCAUUCGAGACCACCAGGUUUUCAAAGGGCCUACCAGUGGAUAUCAACCAAGAUCCUCGUUUCCCUCAACCAAUGCCUUUAUUUCAAGCAAUAAACCUCCACAGCAACAAUAUCAACUGCAAGAUGGGCAAGGGUGUCAACAACAACAACUUAAACAACCUGACAAGAUCUCCAAGCUCCAAGAUCUUGUGACCACCUUUGUUAGUUUGAGUACUCAAAAUUUUGAGAAGAUUGAGUAGUUUAUGAAAUUUGCUACAUGCAAUUUUUCCUCUUUUGAGGAGGGACUUAGAAGCCAUCAAUUGAGUGUUCAAAACUUGGAGACCCAAAUCGGCAGUCUCACUGAAGUCCUCACCGAGAGACCUCAAGGAGCUCUACCUUCCCAAACUGUGGCAAACCCCAAGGAUCCAAGGACAAUGUUGAGUCUAAGAAGGUGUUUCAAGAAGAACAAGAACAAGCCCUUCCAACGGCGAUCGAGGAAGAGCUAUGGAGGCAAAGAAAGAAGAGUCUAGGAAGGCAUCGCCAAAGCCACCUCUCAUAGGUGAGUACAAACCUCACCUUAAUUUCACAUCAAGAGUUCACAAGGACCGUUUGGAGGAGGAAUUUUCCAAGUUCAUAGAGAGGCUUUGCGCAAUUAGCGAAGUACGCCAAGUUCCUCAAGAAUCUUGGCACCAAGAAAUGGAAAUUUGAAGACCUUGCUUCAAUCUCCUUGAUGGGAGGAGUGAUCCUCCAUCAUCUAGAACAUGCUUCUUGAAAAGAAACAGGAUCUAGCGAGUUCCACUAUUCCCUUAUGCAUUGGUGCAUUUCAUAUAGAAAAAUCCUGGCAGAUCUAAAACCUAGCAUUAAUGUCAUGCCUUUUAAGCUUUAUUAAAUGUUAGACCUAGGU